AGGAUUUGGAAGUAUCGGGGGUGGAGGAUGCUUGCCGGUAGCAGGGCUCUUGAAGGAUUCACAUGGAUUUUGGAACGGAUUUGGCUGAUUGGACUUGGGACACGAAACAUUUUCAACCCCACCCCAAAAAAAACCCCUGAGUCCCUGCAGCAGGGAGCAGCUGAAUGGCCCCCAGGGGCAAUAAAACCCAGUGCCCCGUCUCCAGCCGGCAGCCAGGCCCUGGCCCCCUGCGUCCCAGCUCUGGCUGCAUCGUUAACACCAGCAGCCUGCGUCGGCCACUGACAAGAGCCUUUCUGUGGAGCCCGUUCCCGGGAAUGGAGCCAGUCGCACCUGAAGCCGAUUAGGGCGGUUAAUCCUGGCUCAUAAAGCCCGGUCUCCCACAAUGCCCCGCACUUUGCUUUGCAGGCUCCACUGAAGGCCCUUUAUGGCUCGUUUAUAGGCGGGAGCAGGCAGGAUGUUUCCCCGCAUCAGCCUCGCUCCCCCGAGCUGAUCCGGGCAGCCCCUGGCCGGACUGGGCAGGCCUGAAUCCGGGUGAUGCUGAGAGCAGCCUGGAGGGUGUUUGCACAGGACCCUGGUGAUCCCACCUGUCGGGGUCUGCAAGGACCCGGGCCCCUGGUGCCAGAAGCACCCUUCGCUGAAGCAAUUUGCAGCAGACAGGCCUAUGCUGAUGUCCCGGACUGCAGGUUGGGGAAACUGAGGCACAGAAAGUGAGUCGCUCGGCUGAGCAGGACUCUCCUUGCAGCCGCUUCUCCUGGAGGCAUCGAGGCCAUUGCACAUUGCUUCUGUGCUCUCAACGCCCGUUGUUUGCUGGCACCUUGGAUGCACGGAGUCGGAGGAGGAAAGAGCCCGACUUGAACGUAGAGGGGUCAGGAAUGAAGUCCUGCAAAAAAACCCCCAAAACAGGAAAGGCCCUGGGCAUGCUACCUUGCCUCUUCAGACCAGGUAGUCUUCGAGAGAGGGGACGAUGCACACGGAGGGCACCCGGCACAGGAGAAACCCAACCUCUGGGCGUCUCUUUGGGCCCUACAAGUAAAUUGAACUAGCCGCUACCACCCGGAGGUAGACUGGACCUGACAGCCUCCAUUUUUGCCCAGCCAACCCGGAGGAACCGGAGAGACGCAGCCACUCAGCGCACAGCCCAGGCCGGAGCGAAAGGCGGCACCACAGGGAAGCCUUGGCCCCUUCCUCCCUUCGGAAGCAGGGCAGCGCAGCCACGAUGCUACAGCCCCGGAUAUCAUCCAGGUGCUUCGCUGCGCGGGUGCAAGGAGCUGCUUGGAGGUGGCAGAAAGUGCAUUGCCAACAGUGCCGGAUCCAGCGCUGCAACGCCGACUACGUGGCCGCCACGUCGCCGAGCCAUGCCUUGCCGGAGGAGAUGCUGCCGGACGUGGAUUACUGCAUCGCCUUGCGGGCCUAUUCCGUGUGCACCCGGAAGACAGCCAAGUCCUGCCGCGGGGAUCUGGUGUAUCAUUCUGCCGUCUUUAGGAUAAAGGAACUCUUUGCACAGUACAACUGCUCCAGUGACGGGCCCACGUCCUCGGCCAAAGCCCCCCGCACGCCGGACCCUCUGCUCUCCGAGCUCUGCAACUAUGAGAGCAGGUCUGGCUUUCAGAAGAGGUUUGCCCAUUGCGGGUUGUUUGGGGACCCUCACUUACGGACAUUCAAGGACGAGUUCCAGACGUGCAAAGUGGAAGGAGCGUGGCCGCUAAUAGACAAUCAGUACCUCUCGGUCCAGGUCACCAAUGUCCCCGUGGUUCUGGGAUCCAGCGCCACGGCCACCAGCAAGAUCACCCUGAUCUUUAAGAGCUACCAGGGCUGCACGGAGCAGAAGGUUUACCAGGCCACCACCGAGGACCUGCCCCUGGCGUUCAGUGACGGCACAAGGAACGGGGGGCAGCAGGAGGGAGCCGGCAGCCUGCGCAUCCUGGAGAAGCCGGACACGCACCAGGUGGAGAUCCAAGCCCACUACAUCGGCAGCACCAUCAUCAUCCGCCAGGUGGGCCGCUACCUCACCUUCGCCAUCCGCGUGCCCGAGGAGACCCUGAGCCUCGCCGAGGAGGGCACCGGCCUCCAGCUUUGCCUGCACGGCUGCCCCAAGAGCGAGCUGAUCCAGGAGCACCGGCUGAGCCUGGGCAACGUCGGCCCGCUCUGGCCGGGCUCCCGCUGGGCCUACACGGUGGAAAUGGCCACGAAGCAGUGCCGCCACAUGCUGCAGGUGGAGGAUGUGUAUUUCCAGUCCUGUGUCUUUGACCUGCUCACCACAGGGGACCCUGAGUUCUCCGUGGCAGCCUACGGGGCCUUGGAAGACCUGAAGGCCUUGUACCCCAGCAGACUCAAGCUGCACACGGUCUCCAAGACUGUCAGCGUGGCAGGGAGUGCCCCGGGGCCCAGGCAGCCUCCUGCCACUCUGCUCUGUUGUGCCCUUGCCUGUCUAACACUGCUGCGGUGGUGCUAACAGCGGCGGUCUGACUGUGGUGGGAUCUGGCACGGGAAGAGAGCAUUGCCAGGCACUGGCCUUUCUUGCAGCAGAGUGGACAGGUCAAAGUCUCCUCCUCCCGCAAAACCAGGUGCUGGGUCCAGCUGAUCCCCCACUCCGGCCUUGGCAGAAGGUAAAGCGUGGGUUGCUUAGGCAUGCUGGUUUCCAGGCACCAACCACUACUGGCCUGUGGGCAUUCGGAGGGGACCUGUCCCUCCACUUGUUUGGCAGAGGUGCCAGAUGCCAGCAGAGAGGCCUUCUCCAGGGACCUGCCCAGGGCCUUGGCUGAGGAGCCAACAGAAGUGUCCAUUUGCCAACCAGGAGUGUCUCUGCAGGUGACUUGCACAGGCCUCUCUGCCACCCUCUGCCUGCCUUGCUCGCUCAGCCCAUGGCAGUGCCUGGCCGACCCCAUCCAGCGUGUAUCCUGCUGGUUUCGUCCACCUCUGCACCACAGCAAAGUCCCCGGUUGUGGGGCAGGCCUGGCCUGGGUGCAGUGCUGGGAGCGGCCUCUUGUGCCCGCUGCCACAGGCGUGACUGCAGGAAAGUGCCAUGCUACGCUGUGCCCGGGAGAGGGCACGGAUGCGGAGAAGCAGGGACAGCAACUGCUUUAACCCGGCGCCUCCUCUCCAUGCUCACGAGAGAAGCGCUUGGUGUGAGCGGUGCUUGGGGGAAGUGGUGGUAGAGGACCCCAACUCCUGCUUGAUCUAUGCCAGACGUCUCCCGCAUGCAGCAGUAGCCACCGCACGCACCUCCACUUGCCUUCUGGCCCCUCUGAGCUGCAGGGAACCGGGCACGCGGCUUCUCUGUAUAAUAUAUUUGCUGCCCAGAUGUGUAUAUUUCUGCUUGCCAGCCUGUAAAUGUGUCUGUACAUGCUGUACAGUGGGAGCCCCUCUGGUGCUGUAUGGUUGUGAACUUUGCAAACCCUUGUUAAUAGCAUUUUAAUCUCUAUUUUAAUUAAAAAAUACCAAACUAACCCAUGUUGCUGCAAGGGUCGGUGUUCUCCUAGGGGGUGCUGAAUGGUCUGGCGGCCCUCGGCUUCCCUGCACUACCGGAGUCCUGCUGGCUGUAGAUCAGGGGUGUCCAACUGGGCCCCCAGGUCCACUCCUGACCCAUUUCCUGGUGUGGCAACAGGGUGAGUGGUGCUGUCAGCUUAGGGAGCCACAGGGAUUACCACGGCUGUUGUCCCUUUGCUGCCAAUGUUCAUCCCCAAGGGGGCUGUGGACCCCAGAACUUGGAGGUGGGCUGCACCCCUGAAUUCCCAGCCCUACCAGGAGCCCUGUGGGCUGGAUGACCCAGCACCAAGGGCUGGCUCC